AUUUAGUGUAUAAAAACAGCUAGCUAGCCCUUUUAAUCCAACCCAAGUGUAAUAAUAUGGUCAAUGUCUGAAUAAUCCUUUUCCCGCAGCCUCCCACCAGGUUUGUCAGUUGUCGGUAUUGGUGGCAGAGAGAAAACAGAAACAUGAUUCAACCAGAUAUUCUACCUGUAAGCUUAAAUAGAUAGUUUUAGACUUUAUUGUACUAAGAACAUUUUAUGAAAGUUUGAAUUUAUUUUAACACAUGUAGGCGUACCAUAAAGCUGGAUAUAUGAUAGGAAUCUUUUAUUGAUCCAAACAUUGUAGGCUACAUAUUAUUAUUAUUAUUAUACAUUUUAAGCACAUCAAUAAAUACAUGAUUUUAAAAAGUCCAAAUUUGUAAUCCAGAACAAUUUAAAGACGAGACAUCUACGUUAAAUUAUUUCAACAAGCAUUCAGUGAACUCCCUUAGUCAUAACGUUUGUAAUGUAUCUGUACAAAUCAUCAAGCAUUCAUUGAACUCCCUUAGUCAUAACGUUUGUAAUGUAUCUGUACAAAUAAUCUCACGUUAUAUUCAUCAUUCCAAUAAUUUAGGGCACGUGUGGACGCCCGACGGCAUAUGGAGGGUAUUGUAAUCGAAAAUCCAAGGAUGGGAGACCCUGCUCUUCUCACAGUGAGUAAAGUUCAGCAAAGGUCUUAUAAUGUUUAUUGUAAGGGCCGUCCACAAGAUGGCAAGGAGGUAGUACCGCAGAAAUUGAUGUCAAUAAUUCUAUUUUCUUUGGUUUAAUUAUUCAUAUAAAGACAGAGUGCCACUCAGAGGACUUACCACCCCCUUCCAACCACUUCCACCCACUUCCCCCACUUCCAUCCACUUCCACCCACUAUUUGUUUAAUUCACGUGUUUCAUUGUCCCUCCAUGUAAGUGUGUUACUUUCGUGUUACAUAGUAACCAUGGCAACAUUUCGACAGAUAACAUUUUUUUUUUUUACUGCAAUCUCAAUAAUAUCUAUGUCAUGUUUCUUGGAGAUCUUUUAAUAGGAACAUAUACAAUAGCUCAAUAUUAAAAAUAACUAUAGCUAGACUUUUGUAAUCUUUAAAGUUUUUAACGCAUAAAUAAGUAAGACUCAAUUUAAAAUGUCUUGAAAGUAAGUCUGGUUGAAGAAUGGGGUUUAAUCCCAACACAUCUGUCCAAUGUAAUCCAAAACUAAAUCUAUCAACUAACAGAAGAGAAUAUUAGCAACUAAAAUUAAAUUAAAAAUCAGUGCAAUUUGAAAGAAAAAUACAAUUUCACCACACCAAAUGGUCCCACCUAAUGGUCCCCUCUAGAGGUCCCACCUAAUAGUCCCACGUAAUGUUUCAACCUAAUGGUCCCACCUAAUGGUCCCACGUAAUGUUUCAACCUAAUGGUCCCACCUAAUGGUCCCACGUAAUGUUUCAACCUAAUGGUACCACCUAAUGGUCCCACGUAAUGUUUCAACCUAAUGGUCCCACCUAAUGGUCCCACGUAAUGUUUCAACCUAAUGGUCCCACCUAAUGGUCCCACGUAAUGUUUCAACCUAAUGGUCCCACCUAAUGGUCCCACGUAAUGUUUCAACCUAAUGGUACCACCUAAUGGUCCCACGUAAUGUUUCAACCUAAUGGUCCCACCUAAUGGUCCCACGUAAUGUUUCAACCUAAUGGUCCCACCUAAUGGUCCCACGUAAUGUUUCAACCUAAUGGUCCCACCUAAUGGUCCCACGUAAUGUUUCAACCUAAUGGUACCACCUAAUGGUCCCACGUAAUGUUUCAACCUAAUGGUCCCACCUAAUGGUCCCAAGUAAUGUUUCAACCUAAUGGUCCCACCUAAUGGUCCCACGUAAUGUUUCAACCUAAUGGUACCACCUAAUGGUCCCACGUAAUGUUUCAACCUAAUGGUCCCACCUAAUGGUCCCACGUAAUGUUUCAACCUAAUGGUCCCACCUAAUGGUCCCACGUAAUGUUUCAACCUAAUGGUACCACCUAAUGGUCCCACGUAAUGUUUCAACCUAAUGGUACCACCUAAUGGUCCCACGUAAUGUUUCAACCUAAUGGUACCACCUAAUGGUCCCACGUAAUGUUUCAACCUAAUGGUCCCACCUAAUGGUCCCACGUAAUGUUUCAACCUAAUGGUCCCACCUAAUGGUCCCACGUAAUGUUUCAACCUAAUGGUCCCACCUAAUGGUCCCACGUAAUGUUUCAACCUAAUGGUCCCACCUAAUGGUCCCACGUAAUGUUUCAACCUAAUGGUCCCACCUAAUGGUCCCACGUAAUGUUUCAACCUAAUGGUCCCACCUAAUGGUCCCACGUAAUGUUUCAACCUAAUGGUCCCACCUAAUGGUCCCACGUAAUGUUUCAACCUAAUGGUCCCACCUAAUGGUCCCACGUAAUGUUUCAACCUAAUGGUCCCACCUAAUGGUCCCACGUAAUGUUUCAACCUAAUGGUCCCACCUAAUGGUCCCACGUAAUGUUUCAACCUAAUGGUCCCACCUAAUGGUCCCACGUAAUGUUUCAACCUAAUGGUCCCACCUAAUGGUCCCACGUAAUGUUUCAACCUAAUGGUCCCACCUAAUGGUCCCACGUAAUGUUUCAACCUAAUGGUCCCACCUAAUGGUCCCACGUAAUGUUUCAACCUAAUGGUCCCACCUAAUGGUCCCACGUAAUGUUUCAACCUAAUGGUCCCACCUAAUGGUCCCACGUAAUGUUUCAACCUAAUGGUCCCACCUAAUGGUCCCACGUAAUGUUUCAACCUAAUGGUCCCACCUAAUGGUCCCACGUAAUGUUUCAACCUAAUGGUCCCACCUAAUGGUCCCACGUAAUGUUUCAACCUAAUGGUACCACCUAAUGGUCCCACGUAAUGUUCCUACAUAAUGUUCCCACCUAAUUUCCCACCUAAUGUUCCCAUCUAAUGUUCCCAUCUUAUGUUCCCAUCUAAUGGUCCCACCAAAUGAUCCAAUCUAAUGUUCCUACAUAAUGUUCCCAUCUAAUGUUCCCACCUAAUGUUCCCAUCUAAUGUUCCCACCAAAUGAUCCAAUCUAAUGUUCCUACAUAAUGUUCCCAUCUUAUGUUCCCAUCUAAUGGUCCCACCAAAUGAUACAAUCUAAUGUUCCCACCUAAUGUUUCACCCUAAUGUUCCCAUCUAAUGUUCCCAUCUUAUGUUCCCAUCUAAUGUUCCCAUCUUAUGUUCCCAUCUAAUGUUCCCAUCUUAUGUUCCCAUCUAAUGUUCCCAUCUUAUGUUCCCAUCUAAUGUUUCCAUCUUAUGUUCCCAUCUAAUGUUCCCAUCUUAUGUUCCCAUCUAAUGUUCCCACCUAUUGUUCCCAUCUAAUGGUCCCACCAGUGUUUCUUUCGCGUGAAACUCAAAGUGUGAGGUUGGGAGAUGCAGUGACAUGACGCUCUGCGUCCAAAGUGUGAGGUUGGAAGAUGCAGUGACAUGACGCUCUGCGUCCAAAGUGUGAGGUUGGGAGAUGCAGUGACAUGACGCUCUGCGUCCAAAGUGUGAUGUUCGGAGAUGCAGUGACAUGACGCUCUGCGUCCAAAGUGUGAGGUUGGGAGAUGCAGUUACAUGACGCUCUGCGUCCAAAGUGUGAGGUUGGGAGAUGCAGUGACAUGACGCUCUGCGUCUGAAUUCUUUUGAUAUUUUUUAAAUUUUAUUUUAGGGAAGGAGAAAUUCUUUGUUUGGAGAAAGUUUGUGGCUAAAUAAUAGAAAUGGACUAACUGAUUCCAGUCCCACCUAUUAUUAUUAUUUUUUCAUCAGGGCCGCAAAGAGUUGGGGCAAGAAGCUCUUCUGUCACAGACAGGCGAAGGGCGGCUGAGACGACAUUGGUCAGUUUUUAAUAAUUAAAAAAAAUAAAAUUAUUUUUCCUCAUUCUAUUCUAUUGACCGUCAUUCUGUUGCUAGUAGAGUUUUCAGAGUUCACAAGUAAUUCGUUAGAUAUAGCAGCAGUAAUAUUUAGACCAGUCACAACUUUACUUCACCGCACAUCAUAUCGUCUGUAGUGUUUCCUUCGGGUUAUUGGUGUUAUUAUUUAUUUGAGUAUAAAUGUGGAUGAGAAAAGAUGGCCAUGUAGAGCAAUAUAAUGAUUUUUGCAGGGACAUAAAAGUAAAUAUAUUAAUAAAAGACACAAUAAAUUAUGCAUUGCUGGUUUAUUUAAAAAAAAAAAAUGCAAUGUUCUUGUUAUUGCGCCCCAUUUACUUUCAUUCAUAUUUUCUGGUGAAUGAACUUAUGCUGACCCCAAGUUCGUCUGCGCUAUCAGUAUGGCAUGGAUUACUAAUUAUAGUCUCCCUUUGACCUAGGCUACACCUAAAUAAAAUCUAUAGUCUGCAUCGUGAUUCGAUUUUGUAGAAUAUUGUAGAAGCAGCGGGAAGCGAGUACAAUGCGUCGACCUGCUAGAAUAUAUAUAAAGCCGAGGGAUUGAACGACAGGACCAGACGACGGACGAGAGUUAUGUUGAACGUGUGCUAUUUUUGCUAGAACGCUUUGUUUACUGUCUGUGUGUAGAUACCUUUUCAUCAUUGUACAUUUUUACAACGUUAUAUCUACUUUGACACUGGACCGGUACAAGCCAAACAUUAUUCUGUAAUUCAAUAGCUUUAAUUAUAUUUCUUUUUGAUUUUGUAACUUGAUAUCAAGUUAAUAAAACUUAUUAAUUGUAAUUAGCCCUGGUUUAAGUCUCGUAUUCUUUUUUAUUCAAGUUAUUGCAUUUAUCAUAUGGUAUUGUCUUUUACCGUGUAUUAUUUUAGAACGAGCCAUAUUUUUAAAUGAGAGAUUAAUUUCUCCAUAUUGAUGACAGUACGUAACAUUCUACUUUUCAAAUCCACAGACGAGGAGAGCUAGUUCUGAUACGAGGCGUUCUACUACGCGGAGAACACUGGACUUAACGGUAGGCUUACAUAUAUACAUUUUUUUUCUCUUGUAUGCUACUAUAGAAAUAUUGAUACAUUUUAUGUUUAUUUCAACACAUGUAAGCCAUAAAUUUGAUAUUGAUAAAGUUUGAUUUAUUUUGUAUAUCUAAUUGAUGAUUUCUAAUCGUCAGCUCACAGAAAUAUAUUUUAGUUAACGGUAAUAACUAGACAAGAUGACCGAGCUGUGCUAUGUUACCACUUAGUAUCUCGUCCACUAAUACUCGCUUAUUUCAAUUAUUUAGGUCACCCCGACGCAGCACGCUGCUGCUGUUAUGUAUCCAUCGCAACCAACAAGCAGGAUAUGGCGAUUCGCAAUCCCUUCAAGUCAAAGUAAGUGAAGGCAUUUCUUGUCUAGAGUAAAAUACGGGUUGGAUUUUAUCAAUUUUGUACAAGAUGGAAGGGGAGAGUGACGUCAGUAAUUCUAUUUUAUCGCAUAUAAUUAUUCAUAAAUAUAUAAAAUGAUAGUGUACCCCUCAGAGGAAUUGCCCUCCCCCCUCCCAAUUCCACCAACAAUGUUUUAUUUUACAUGAAUAAUAAAUACGCAGACAUUUUUAUUUAUUUUUUUUUCAGACAAGCAACCCUGGCUGGUUGGAAGGAAAUGGCGACUCUUUCUUCUUUAUUUAAUGGCAUUUUUCAUCGGUGCCCUGUUUAUCAUGGGCAUCUGAUUCACUCAACCAUGAACACAGACUGGUCACCUAGAAAUAGUGUGUACUUUUUAAAAAAUGUUUUCGUUUUUAAUGAAAUAAUAUCUCAUCUUUGAAAAGUAAAAAAUUUAGUGUUUCAUCCAAUCGCUCGAGGAUUCUUUUUAAGGGGGGAGGUGUAGCCAAAAUGCUAAAAUAUUUAACACCCAAUAAAAUCUGCUUCUUUUCUCAUUAGUUAAUACGAAAUAGUUUUUUUCAACACAUGAAAUUAAGUCAGAUUUUUUAGAAAAAUUAAAUUUUUUGCUUUUGAUUUGAUUAAAUGUGUCAGAAGUUGCAGUUCUAAAAUAUUUUCAUAGAAUCAUCAUUUAAAAAAAAAAAAACUAUUAAUACCUUAUGAAAAAUAA